AUGGGAGCCGAGCAGUCAGCCCCGCGGGGCAGCGGCAACCAAGUCGCAGUUGAGCGCAAGACGUGCUAUUACGAGCUGCUCGGGGUAGGCCGGGAGGCACCAGAUGAAGAGAUCCGCCGAGCUUACAAGAAGAAAGCGCUUGAACUACAUCCAGACCGCAACUUCAACGACACCGAGAACGCCACUAGACGGUUUGCCGAAGUACAAACCGCGUAUGAGAUACUGUCUGACGCUCAGGAACGUGCCUGGUACGAUUCCCAUCGAGAUGCGAUCCUUAGUGGCGAAGACGAUGUUACCGGAACGGCACCCACAGACCCUGGGAACGGUCACACCUCAGCCAAUGCCAUAUUCGCCCUAAUGAGCCGAUUCAACUCCAGCGUGCCGAUGGACGACAGCUCGAGGGGUUUCUUUGGGAUCCUGAACGAAUUUUUCGACCAGCUAGCUGCGGAGGAGAACGCCGCCUGCGACUGGGCGGGCAUCGCGUCGACGGAGUAUCCGCCGUUCGGCAAGACCAAUGAUGACUACAAUACCGUUGCAAGACGUUUUUAUAAUGCGUGGUCGGGCUUCUCAACCAAGAAGACGUUCAGUUGGAGAGACAAAUACCGACUUCAAGAGGCCCCUGACCGUCGUGUCCGCCGGUUGAUGGAGAAGGAAAACAAAAAAUUCCGGGACGAGGGCGUUCGGGAGUUCAACGACGCCGUUCUAUCUCUGGUCGCGUUUGUCAAAAAGCGAGAUCCCCGCUAUGUGCCCAACACGCAGUCUGAGGCUGAAAGGCAGCAAGUCCUACGGAAUUCAGCCGCCGCCCAAGCAGCACGGUCACGGGCGGCGAACCAGGAGAAGCUCGCUGAAUAUGUUGUCCCAGACUGGGCGCAGUCUAGGGAUGAGGGUGUAGACCAGGACGAAUUCUCGAUGUCAGAAGAGGAGGAAGAAGUUGAGGAGAUCGAGUGUGUUGUAUGCAACAAAACGUUCAAGAGCGAGAACCAGUUCGAGGCGCACGAGAAGAGCAAAAAGCACAUCAAAGCAGUGCAAACUCUACGGCGACAAAUGAGAAAGGAGAACGCUAAUCUUGAUCUAGAGGGAUCAGGACCGAUUUGCUCGGCGCGAUCGACCACCCCAAGGGUUGAGGCAGAGGAGGCUGACGCCCUCGAAGGUGGUACGGUAUCUCAGGCAGAACAGGUCGAAAGGGACGAGGGGGGCCCCCGAAUACCAGGCGGUAUCGAAGGGGCAGCCCAAGGCACAAAUUCACGGUCGGACACAGAGGAUGACGAAUACGCGCCGCGGUCAGCCGUCGAGGACCGCAUUCUGAAUGGGAGCAGCGGGGGGGGAAGGGCGGCAGACACGAGGGACAGCACGCUUGACGUGGUGGGCUUGACAACUGGUAUACUGGAUUCUUUGACAGUCGACAAUGAAAAGGAGGAGGGCAAGAAAAUCGGCAAAGCCAAAUUGAAACGGGAAAAGAAGGCUGCUCGGCAAGCCGCCGAUUCUGGAUCAUCCAAUUCUGAAACCUUCACAUCCCGGUCCAAGCUCUUCGACCACAUCAAGGACCUCAACCACGCAGCCCCUGUUUCGAGUUCCAACGCUAAGGCGGACAAAAAGAAGCGGAGUCGAUAA